UAAUUCUGGAAAAUGGAAGUAUCAAUAUUUGCUAUUCAUAAAACUUAAGUAAGGUAACAGUGAUCUAAAUUCUGGUUUAUAGUACCACGUUGCACUCUGAACGAGGUAAAUUCAAUUCUUGGCAUGUCACCCUGCGCUAAAAAACAAAUGAAGUAAUAGCUUGUAUUUGGCGGGAAACAGUUCGGAACAACAAAAGUUUUGAUCAAAACAUUAAACAAGCAAUGGCUGAGGCACGGGUGAGGAAGUUAGUGUCGACCACAUUUAAACUAAAUGGCUUUUCCAUUCUGAGUGAUGCAGCAUCAUUCCUGGUGUCACAGCUAAUGCCAUUUGAAGAAAGAGAAAGAGAAGAAUGGCUGGAUAAAAUUGUAGAACAUAUUCAAAAACAAUGUCUGGAAACAACGAAUAUUGGAAAGGACAACAUUGAGCUAGCAAUACAUGAGUGCAUCAGGAGUGGAGCAGAGGAAUCUGAAACCAUACUCACAGUUAUAAAUGCAUUUGAAGUUCCUCGCUUUGAAUAUAACCAAGAAAGAAAGAAGUUUUUUCUAAAAAACAUCCCGAAAGAUUCAGCACCAAAGUUGUUUGAUUCAGCAGAAGAAAAGGCACAGUUAUUCAGAUACAGGUAUAUAUUGCUCCAUCAACGCACGGCUCGCCAUGAACUAUUUACACCUUCAGCUGUUGGAUCAAAUGAGACACAGAAAUUCACUUUAAGGCCUGUAGACUACUUCCUUAGCUCUAGCCGAAAAGUGGAUGAUGCUGUUGUAAUGGGCUUACUGACACAGCUGAAAGAAGGGAAGUAUUAUCUGGAAGAUACAACUGGAACUCUGCAGUUAGAUUUGUCUGAAACUAGAUAUCAUACUGGUUUACAUAUAGAAGGCUGCUUUGUGCUGGCAGAAGGUUGGUAUGAAGACAGAGUAUUUCAUGUAAAUGGCAUGGGGUUUCCACCACCAGAAUCUUCUAGGAUUAGCAGAGAUUAUUUUGGAAACAUGAACACAUUUGGAGGUCCUUCCAGCAAAAGUCUGAAGCUGUCAAAGAAGCUGCUUAAAAUAGAAGAGGAAAAUGAGGAUGCUACCAUUGUAUUUAUUGCUGAUGUUUGGGUAGACAAUGUUAAGGUAUUAGAAAAGCUUUCAACAUUAUUUCAGGGCUACUCAGAAUGUCCACCAGUGGCAUUUGUGCUGAUGGGCAAUUUCCUCUCAUCACAGCAUGGCAGUGCACAUGCUUAUCUCCUUAAGGAAAAAUUUAAAAUUCUAGGGGAUAUGAUUAUUCAGUUUCCUAAAUUAACAGCAAAUAGCAAAUUCAUAUUCAUUCCUGGCCCUGUUGAUCCUGCUUUUGCUAGCAUCCUUCCCAGACCACCAUUGCCAACGUUUGUCACAGAAGAGCUGAAAAAGAAACUUCCUUCAGCUAUCUUCAGCACAAGUCCUUGCCGAAUACAGUACUGCACCCAAGAAAUAGUAGUAAUACGGGAAGAUCUGGUGACUAAAAUGUGUCGGAAUACUAUUUAUUUUCCUACCUCUGGUGAUAUACCACAGCAUUUUGCAAAGACUAUAAUAAGCCAAGCACACCUAGCACCACUGCCACUGGCUGUAUGCCCUGUUUAUUGGGGAUUUGAUUAUGGGAUGCAGCUUUAUCCAUUACCUGAUCUAAUCGUAACUGCUGAUCAAUUCAACGCAUUCACCACAUCCUACUCUGGAUGCCAAGUGAUAAACCCAAGUUCUUUCCCAAGAAGCAAUUAUUCUUUUAAAGUGUACCUGCCAGCUUCACGCCAAAUAGAAGACAGUCAAAUUCCAAAUGACUGAUAAUAGUUAUUGUAUUGUUUGUAUAUUACAUAUAAUUACAAUAUUUAUCUUACAUAAAUGUCAUAAAGCUGUAAAUAUAUUUACAUAAUUUUAAAAGGUGACCUUUUUCUUUACAAAACACUAA